AUGGUGAUUGUGGUGGCAACUCACAGCAGCGGUGUUAAUGGAGUGGAAGUCAUGGUGGUGGUCUACUGGCAAUGGUGUGGUGUGGCGAAGAUGUUAGCAAUAUUUUUCUAUACAAUUUCACCCUCUGAAUAUUGCAUUUAUCUUAUCCUGGAUAUGACAUUUUGUCCUUUGACUAAGAAGUUUUUCCUGACAGCUCAUGAUUUUCAUAAGGACACUGGUUCUCCUGUGGGUGCGUUAGUUUCUCAAGAUGUUAACAGGUCUGAUGACUUGAAGCAGCUUUAUCCAGAGCCAUCACAAUGUACGUGUUAUGUCCUGGAAGAUGUUUCUCUCAGUGAGCUUGGGAACGGUCAGACUGAAUUUCUACAUAUUCAAGAUGAUAAAAAAUUGGCAUUAAGCUCCAAUUUAGUUCAACCUGCCGACAAGACUGAUAACUUCAAUGUGGAGAAGGAAGAUAAAUGCAAAGAUCUAGAUCAAACUGAACCAACCACUGUAACUUCUGAGAAAUUUUUUCCCAAAUGUGCAACAUUUGCAUGCUCUGGUAAGAAAGCAUCCCUUGCUGUGUCUGCAAAUGUGGAAGAUGACAUAAAUGCUGCAGUAUUGGAGAAAAAUGGCCAUGAAUCUGUUAAUCCUACAUGCCCUCAAUCCAUAUCCUUGCGUACUCCUUCAAAGCUAGUAUCUGCCAUGAAGGGUAGCCGUGAGAAACAGGGGAUGACACCUCCAGAGAAACUGACCGUCAGAUGGGUGCCUGAUGUGUAUGAUCCUCCUCCAUCAAUAUCUACAUCCACAUCUGGGAAGAUCAAGAAACCACGGCCCAAGAGUGAAAGUAAGAGGUAUUAUGAUUAUAAGAACGGAAAGAACAAGUAGAAGGGCAAACCUUCUAAAGGGAGCAGCAGUAAGGACAAGAAACACGUUUGAAAACACGGUGGGAGUUUUAACAAGUAUUACCAAACGUUAGACAAUGAUGACAGAAUGGUCGACUAUAAUGAGCCUUGCGGUGAAUCGGGGGGUUUUGGUGUUGGUAGCCCAAACUCAUAUUGUGGGAGCAGUUUCCUUAAGAAAUCUGUCAGAGAGUUGCAUUUCUCCAUUGCAGAGGCUACAUGAGCCUUAUCUUCAAUCACCACCGAGUAGGCCUUUCUUCUCAUUCAUGGUGUUAAUAAAUAAAGUACUGUUUUAGGGUCUUGUUAACUGUAGUUAUAGUACUUCGGAAACUUUUGACAAUUUUCUUCUGCAGUGCUGCUAUUGGUAAAUCUGCAUUAACAUCCUCACAAACUUCAGGUUUUGUCCAUAGAUGAGUUUUUACAAUCUAAGCUGCCCUUUCUUUUUUCCUGGUUUAAAGGAAAUUGUCGUGCUCUUGUUCUUCAUCGAUUCUAGUCGGUGGGUGUUCCUGGUUUAUGUUAUUUCGUGUGUGGUUGGUGUUGGAAUUUUGACCACAGUUUAUUAUAAACCAUUUUCCUGCCCCUGUUCGGCCAGUGGGAAAAGUUCUCUAUUGGGAAAGCUGGAACUGUAUUGGGUUAUAUAA